CCUUCUCCCGCAGGCUGUGGCCGGGGAAAGCUUCAGGGAAUCAGGAUGCAAGCAGCUCAAAGUGUCGGUCCGACAAAACUCUCGGACGGGACGGUCCACCCCAGGGAUCAUGAUCGGAACCUCGGGCUUCAGCUGAACCGAGCCGACAUGGACUAACCGGAGCGGAGAAAGUCCUGCUCUAGUCCAGGGUUCUGCAGGUUUGUUCUCUUCUCUGCAUUCAGUCCUUAGAAGAACCAGAAUCAGCAGCAUGAAACAUCUUAGGUCCCCAGAGACUGAUACAUACAGCUGCAGGAACACAUCUCCUGCUGACAUCCAGUGCUGGAGGCGGUGUCAUGGCAGCACGGCUUCUGGACCGCCUGAAGCGCUCCCUGUUUAAGGACGGUCAGGGAGCUGAACCGGAUCAGGACGCAGAAGGUGGACCGGAGGCAGAGGGCUUUAGUAAGGAUUGGUGGGAGACGGAGCUAGAGGAGGAGGAGGAGUGCGUGACGGAGCAGCUCAGAGGAACGCUGUGCUUCGAUGGCGGAGAGUUUGGAGCCGAGGAAGGAGGCGAGGGGAUGGACAGUGAUUCCGACUUCCUGGGAGAGUCCAUGGAGGAGGGCUUCAGCAGUACAGAUGCCAGUCCCGUAGGCGUGUCCCCAUUUGGCUCCUCCCCUUCUUCCAUGCUGACUCGGCAGGUUCAGGACAGCUGGAGGAGCUUCCGAGGACUCGGAGGAGCGAGUCCUGGCCAAGGUGUGAAGCGACAGACGGACAGCUUGCUGUUCGAGGUGACGGACGCCAGCGUGGUGCAGGACGGCGCCUCCAAAUACGUGCUCUACACGAUCCAUGUGAUCCAGUCCGGAGGCAGCGAUAAGACUCCUGCUGUCAUCACCCAUCGUUACUCGGACUUCCAACGCCUCCAUGCCACUCUGAGGCGUAACUACGGGGACCAGAUGGAGCGCGUCUCUUUCCCACGAAAGAAGCUGCGUAGAAACUUCACGGCUGAGACCAUCGCUAAACGCAGCCGGGCGUUCGAACAGUACCUUUCUCACCUGUGUUCCCUGCCCGUCCUGCGGGGGGCACUGAGCUUGCGCCAGUUCUUUUACCUGCGCGACCUGCAGGCUGGUCAGCUGCUGAUCAGGGCCGGACGUUUCCAGGAGGCUUUGGGUCCACUACUAAAUGCCAAAAGACUGCAACACAAGUUGGGUUGGGCCAGUUACCAUGACAAUGAGACGCAGCCCCCGUCUCCAGCCUCCUCUCAUUGGUUCUUCACCUUGGUUGGGCUGUCGUGCUGUUUCCAGGAGGUGGAGCAGCUGGAGGAGGCUCAGGAGCACUGCGAGCACGCCCUCCGCAUGCUUAUUCCCUCUAAGACCCAGACUGGGGAUAAUAGGCUCCUCCCACCACCGGAUAAGCCCCUCCCCUUACAGCCAGAUGCUGAUGCCCCACAGUCGCUGCUGCAGCCGCUGCUGAAGGCGGUGAUCCGUCUGUCGUGGCAGACAGGAAGAGACAAGCAGCGGUGGGAGCAGCAUCUGCAGCAGCUGGAGUUGCAGCAGGCGGGUCUGGACGAACAUCUGACUGUCAGAGAGUUCCUGGUCAAGCAUAAGCUACAGGAGAACGAUGGAGACGGCUGAAACAGCACGUGGUGUUGUACGGGUUCAAGAGAAAGCAGGCCAGAGACUUUCAGAGUAAAGGUCAAAUACCUGCAGGGCCGACCUGGUCUAAAGACACCUUGCUCUGAUUAGAAAUAUCUUUUCUUUGGAGAUGUUUGGUUUAAUUCUGAAGCUCUGUUUAGCUUUCCUCUAACUGAGACUCUACCAACAGAACAUCAGAACCACCUUUUAAAGCCUGAAACUAGUUCAGUGAUGCUGCAGUUUUCCUGGAGCUGAAAUCAUUUAAAUCUGAAGGACAGUUUGUUCAGAGUAUUUCACCAAGAAACUCUCUUAAAAACAUGCAGAGGAGCAGUUUUUUAUUUUGCAGAGGAAGUAAAAGUAAUAAAAACACUUCAGGGUUUUGUUGAGGAGUAAAUCUAAAGGUUUCAGACUGUAAACUCAUGCUGGUUGGUCCACCAGUCAGGUCUAAAACUUAUUUUUCUUUGUUAAAGUCUGAGCAGGUUUAGUUUGCUGCUGAAGUUUGGUUAUAAUUAACCCAGGAUAGAAAUGAAGGGAUGUAAUAUUAGCUGCUGAGCUGAAGGACUGAGUCAGCUGCUGCUCUACAGGAAAUGUUCUGUGACCGGUCUGAGCUGCAGACCAUCCCACUGCUGGUUAAAGCACCUCUGUGAAGCCUAGAGUCCAACAUGCUGAAUGGGUUUAUUCUGGCUAAAAAAGGCAACAUCACAGUUUCUCCUUCUGGGAAAUAACCUGAUGCAAAGUUACGGGCUCUGACCUCUGAAAGCGUCUCUUCAGAGAAGUUUCACUUCAGGUUUCCAGUCAUGCUUCAAUGUUGACAAUCUGGCAGAUAAUCUGACUCUGUGAGUCAGCGUUUAUAGGCUGCUGGACUCCACAGUGCCAGUGAUACGUCUGCAGUGUUUCUGCAUCAAAAUGCUGCUUCUGCCUGCAGGUUGCUGCAGAAAUCACCAUCAGGGAGCUAAUGGCAGAAACUGCACCGUUACUGAGCAGACCUGCCUGCAGCCAUCAGACAAUCAUAAAACAGUGAAAUCUGCAGAAGAUCCAACAAACCAACAAGUCGCUUCCACCUUGUGUUACAGGUUUGAUCAGUCAUGGAUCAUCAUCCUGCAGCUCUCACUUAAAGUCACAUGAAAGCAGAAAGCUCACACGCUGAUCACUGAAAGUCUGUACGACCUGCUCACGAGGCUGCAGCCAACCCCAACGCAGCCACCAUCGGGUUUAAGGUUGCCAUGGAGACCCAGACUAAUGAAUUUGAUCUACAUCAGCAGCUAACAUGACAGUCUGACGGCGGGUUGGUGAGCUCUUCAGGCUUCAUGGGUUUAAUGGAAGAAAAGGGAUCAAUAAGGAAACAAAGUUAGCAGCACAUGGUUAACCUUGUCAGGGAAUAUAUUUACAUAUUAGCUUCAAUGCUCUACAUCAUACCACCAGACAGUAUUCAUUAAGGUAAUGCUUUUAUUUCUUACUUUUUAGCUGUUGUUCUUUGUGUUCCCAAACGGCUAGAACACAGAGAUCCACAUCUAUGGAGACCUUUCUGUCUGGAUCAGGUGGUUUAAAGCCUCCUGUUGAACAUUAAACCAGCAUGAAGCUGUUGCUAUGGAGAAUUCACGUCUAAAGUUUGAUAUUUCAGUAGAUAUGAGAAAUCUACACCUUCAUCAGUGAUAUUGUAUGUUUAAAUAUCAGAAGAAUAUUUAUAGUUAAUGCUGUUUUAGUUACGGUUGUAUAUCUGUAUUUAUUACCCUUAGCAAAGUGCACAUGUAGUUCAGCAGGGGCAGAGCUCUGGCAUUAAGUGAGAUUUUAACCUCUGACCUUUGGGACUUUUUCUUUAGAUUGAAAUUAGUUUUCCGUAAACAUUUUCAGGAUCAUCUGUCUGUAAUUUAAGGUCAUAUAGUGGAAAAUAUUUCUACACUUCAUUUUAAAACCGAGCCACUUUUCUGACCUGAGGAGCUGUUCUAUUUCAAGAAGAGGUCAGGGUCAAUCUGAAAUAUCACAAAAAGAGAAAAUAAACUUUACAUGUAUAAUAACUGAAAGUAGUAAACAUCACAUUUCGUAUGGAGCAGAUUUUAGCCAUUUGUUGUGUCCAGAUUUAUCACCAGUUUGCCUAUUAAUAAGUGCUUAAAUUUGCCUUUUUAUCAUUUCAAAUUGUUUUAUUUAGUGUAUUUCAAAUGAUUUUCUUCCAUUUGGCCCCACUGUGGGGAAAAGUUUUUCUGAUGUCAUGUUCAACCACCGUGUGACGUAGUUUUCAGGAGGUGAAGACACUGAGUUUAUCUCUCCGUCAGUGAGCAGAAAUGCAGCCGGUCCGCCCUGUGGAGUUCUGAUUUAUACACAUUUAGGCAAGUAUGGUUUUAUGGAAUAAAAUGUGUAACUAUUGA